AAUGUAAAUGAGCAAGCUCUAGAAAACAGUAUCCAGUCCAUUAUUGAUAUCCUAUAUCAAAUUCUUGUUACAGUUGAAGAUUUCGACCCAGAAGAAAACCAAGACUUUCUUUUCACAAAAAUAAAUGAUGAUCUGAUAGAGAGCUUUCUGAAGUUAGAUAGACUGAGGCAUAGUUACAACGCAAUUAUCCCAUUGAAAAUAUUAAACUAUAUCGAUCACGGCAAAAGUCCUGAUCUUUACAUCAUGGACGUUUUAGAAAAAGGCAUAGAAAAAAAUGCCCAGCUGAAAAACAAGAUUGAGCUAUUCGAAAUGUUUAGAAAUUUUCUCACGGAAGAAAUCUCUUCUAAUUUUCCAGAUUCAAGAUAAAUAAAAAAAUAUACUCUUACCCUAAUUUUUAUAGAUUCAUAAUCCUUGUUUCCUUCUCUGCCUAAUAUAUUCCAGCGGAUGGUGUUUUUAACUCUAAAAAAUAGUCAUAAUGUAUGAGGCCAAGAGGAGUGCCCGAUAUGAAGGAAAAAAAAAACGUCAAGAAGAAGAAAAAGAAUUGGAGGAUAUAGAGUCAAAAUUGCGUGAACAGGCUCCGCCCAAAAGUUUCAACGUCGUUACUGAUCAACUGGAUGACAUAAAAAAAACUCCGGAAGCAUACUUUCCACUUGCCACAACAUUUGACCAACUCCCACUAUCUUCGCGUACUAAAAGAGCUUUGAAAGAUAACAAAUAUGAAACACUUACAGACAUACAGCGUUCCGCAUUGCCGCAUGCUUUAGUUGGGAGAGAUAUUUUGGGUACGGCCAAGACUGGUACUGGUAAAACACUAUGCUUUUUGAUUCCUGUCAUAGAGCUUUUAUACCGUCUCAAAUGGAGUAUCGAAGAUGGCUUGGGGGCUCUAAUUCUUUCUCCUACGCGAGAAUUGGCAAUGCAGACGUUUAACGUACUUCGGACAAUUGGCGCUCGCCAUCUUCUAUCGGCCGGUUUGCUGAUAGGCGGCAAAAGUUUCGAGGAAGAACAGGCGUGUUUGGGUAAUAUGAACAUCCUUGUGUCAACUCCUGGACGUCUGUUACAGCAUUCAGAUGAAUCACCUACAUUCACAGCUGAUAAUUUAAAGAUACUUGUUCUAGAUGAAGUCGAUCAAAUUUUGGAUCUUGGGUUCGAAAAAGAACUUAACGCUAUCAUUCGAAAUCUACCUUCUAAACGUCAAACGUUACUUUUUAGUGCUACGCAAACCGCUUCUAUACGUACCUUGUCUCGUCUUUCGCUAUCAGAUCCAGAAUUUAUUACUGUUUAUCCAAAGCAAGAUGCGAUAACACCUCAGCUUCUUUUGCAGAACUAUAUCGUGUGCGAUGUGGACAAAAAGCUUGAUCUUCUUUGGUCAUUCAUCAAAGCCCACUUACGUCAGAAAAUUUUAGUUUUUUUUUCUUCUCAGCGCCAAGUUCGUUUUGUUUUUGAAGUCUUUCGUCGAAUGCGUCCAGGUCUCCCAGUAUUGCAUAUUCAUGGGAAAAUGAAACAAAAUACACGUAUCAAAUACUAUUAUCAGUUUGCAAAGUCAGACUUCGCCGUUUUGCUAGCGACUGACCUUGCGGCGCGCGGUCUCGAUUUCAAGGGCAUCCAUUGGGUUAUUCAAAUGGAUUGCCCUGAAAGUGUCGAAUUGUAUGUGCAUCGAGUCGGCCGAACUGCAAGGUAUAAGUCAGGGGGCAAAGCGAGUUUAGUGUUGCUGCCGAGUGAACUUAAAUUCAAAGACAAAUUACUUGAAAACAAAAUUCCUAUCUCUAAAACAACUUUAAAUGCAGAUCGAAUCCUUAGCAUAGAGGCGGCUAUCCAGGCUCUACUUAUCCAAUUUCCAGAACUUAAGUUUGCUGCACAAAAAGCCGUAAAAUCUUAUAUUCGUUCUAUUCACUUGAUGCCUGACAAGGAAGUUUUUGACGUUCAAAAGAUUUGUGUAGAAUCUUUGUGUAAGAGCAUAGGUCUUUUACAAGUUCCAAAACUUAAGUUUCUGAAUGACAAGCGUAUUGAUAAAAAUAAGAAAAAACAGCAGUUUAAACAACAGCAGCUGGAACAGAAAAUUCAAGAAAUGGUCAAGGAAAAUGGUACAGAUGACCACAUCGAUUUGAUGAAGGUGUUUAGUAAGGAAAAAAAACCUGGAAAGACUCGAAUGGAAAGGCUGCUGAAGAAGAGUAAUCCUCUAGUUUUUAGUGAGUCUUACGAAAAUAUGCGCGAAGAAAUGAAAGUAGAUCCUGAAUUUCAAGUUGAUUCCGAUGGCGAAGACUCGGCAUUUUUGAAGAUAAAGCCACAGGAUCAAUCCACGCAUGCCAAUAUGAAUCUAGAGGAGGUUAGCCAGUGCAUUCGAAAAAGAGACAGGCCUGACUCCAAGAUAAAAAUAUACCGAGAACCACGGGAUGUGCUCCGAUUUGAUAGCUCAUCUGAGGACGAAUCGGAGGAUUUGACGGUCCCUUACUCAAAACGAGUGGCAAGAGAAAUGAAACAUGCCGAUAAAGAUGACAAACGUGCUUAUUCAAUAUUAUUAAAGAAGAGAAGAAUGAAGAAGAAGCUAAGUGAAACGGCUGGCUUGAACUCUGGAGAGGACAGUGAUAGCAAUUCAAAUUUUGACAAGGAUGAAAAUAGAGAAAAAUUAAAAACAACAGCGGUUUGAUGUGCGAGGCUUUAAAGUUGUAUUUUUUGUGAGUUUGAUUGAUGCACAUAAAGGGUUCUAAAAAAUUAUGAUUUGGAAUGAA